AUGGCCAUCAUUGGCAUCAUGAAAAGUUCCACUAUCGGGUGUCUCAACAUCAUGCAUGAGGCACUUGGGGUCAACCUUCAUCAUUGGGAGGUGCUGCCUUCACUUGUCUGGCUGCUGGCCAUACUUCAGUGUUUCCUCCAUCACUUUCCAAUUAUAGGUGUUUCAUAUAUCCAAGUCCUUAAUGGUGGGUACACCUUUUUGUUCAAGAACCUUUUCAAAAAGCCUAGUUGUUUUUGGCAGUUGUCAUUGGCCUGCUUCAAGCAGUCAGAAACAGUUAAGCUGCAUGCAGCACAAACAUCACCAAGUCACAUGAUCCACUGGUCAGUCUCAUCCUUCUUUGUGCAAAAACAUUCCUUUUCCUUACCAGCUGAUGCCACCCUACCAUGCAAGCCUUGUCCAUGUCACUUGGUUUAUCUGAGUGCCAGUGCGCUUGCUAUUAUCACAAACAAACCACUGGUCUUUCACAUCAAUGUGAGCCUUGUCUAUGUUGCUUUGGUUUAUCCAAGUGCCAGCUCAUUCACUACUGUUGUGAUUGAACACUGCUUGUGUUCAUGGCCUGCAUUCCCUUACAUGUUUACCAGCAUCAUAAGCUGCUCUUUGCCACAAUUUGGAGCAGCUCUCAACUAA